AAUAAAUAAAUAAAUAAACUCCGCAAAAAGCAGCGAAAAUAAGUAACCUAGGAAGAAGAAAAGAUCACUGAUUUCGUUUUCUUCUGUUGCGUUUUCUUGUUCUCUCUUUGUUGAUUCAUCUUAUCGCUCUCAGUUAAUAUCAUCGUCUAGCUUACUCUGUUGGCUACGCCGGUUGGAGUUUCCGACGAACUCGUCGGCGGCGGAUUUUUAUCGCUGUUUAUUUUUCCACCGAAUUAUUAAUCUUUUAUAGGAAAAAAAAAUGUUUCUUGUCGAUUGGUUCUAUGGAGUUCUUGCAUCGCUGGGUCUGUGGCAAAAAGAGGCAAAGAUUUUAUUCCUUGGGUUAGAUAAUGCUGGGAAGACCACCUUGCUUCACAUGCUCAAAGACGAGAGAUUAGUUCAGCAUCAGCCUACUCAAUAUCCAACUUCUGAAGAGUUGAGUAUUGGGAAGAUAAAAUUCAAGGCCUUUGAUUUGGGUGGCCAUCAAAUUGCUCGCAGGGUCUGGAAGGAUUAUUAUGCUAAGGUGGAUGCUGUAGUCUACCUGGUAGAUGCAUAUGACAAGGAGAGGUUUGCAGAAUCAAAGAGGGAGCUGGAUGCCCUUCUUUCUGAUGAGUCACUAGCAAAUGUACCUUUUCUUAUCUUGGGAAACAAGAUUGACAUACCUUAUGCAGCAUCGGAGGAAGAAUUGCGAUAUAAUAUGGGCCUGAGUAACUUCACUACUGGCAAGGGCAAUGUGAAUCUGGCAGACACUGGAGUCAGACCUCUUGAGGUGUUCAUGUGCAGUAUCGUCCGUAAGAUGGGGUAUGGUGAAGGCUUCAAGUGGCUCUCUCAGUACAUUAAGUAGAGGGAAGACAAAUAGACCACAAGUGUGCAGUGUGCUCCUGGUUUGGUUCUCAACUUCUCAUGGUGCUGAUGCAAUCUCAACAUUAGCAGUUGUAGGUUUUACUGUUUUAGACGUCUCAUGUAAAUUGGUUAUAAUAUAAUGUUUUCUAUUUUUAUUUGUACUUAGUUAUGAGACUCGCUUGUUUCUAUUUUUGGUAGGGGUUGAGAAGCUUGUGUUUCUGUCUAUAUUGGUUACUAAAAUUGCCUAUCUAAUAGUGUGUUUUGAAUUUGUGAAAUGGCUCCAUCUAUAUAUCUUUGAGUAGAAUGAGAAUGUGAAAUGCCAGAGCUUCAGAGAUCAA